GGCUGAGAUCAACAAGUAUGGCGGCCCAAACGUUUCAGCAGGAGUAUAUGCAGAUGCCCCCAAUAACAAGGGCAUAUACAACUGCAUGUGUGCUAACAACUAUUGCCGUGCAACUUGAUAUCAUCACUCCAUUCCAAAUAUACUUCAAUCCAGACCUUAUAUUCAGGAGUUAUCAGUUAUGGCGCCUGAUCACCAACUUUCUCUACUUCGGCCCCAUUGGGUUCAACUUCCUGUUCAACAUGAUAUUUGCAUAUCGUUAUUGUCGGAUGUUGGAAGAGGGUUCCUUCAGAGGCCGCACAGCCGACUUCUUCUUCAUGUUUCUCUUUGGAGGUCUUUUAAUGACUAUCAUUGCAUUGUUUGUAAAUCUAGUGUUCCUGGGAAGUGCUUUCACGAUAAUGCUGGUGUAUGUGUGGAGCAGAAGAAACCCCUACAUAAGAAUGAACUUUUUCGGGCUCAUGAACUUUCAAGCACCAUAUUUACCAUGGGUGCUUCUUGGUUUCUCGUUGUUGCUAGGCAACUCUAUAAUAGUUGAUCUUAUGGGUAUAGCUAUAGGCCAUGUCUACUACUUCCUUGAAGAUGUGUUUCCACAGCAACAGGGGGGAUUUAAGUUGCUCAAAACACCAAGUAUCUUAAAAUACGUAUUCGAUGCAGCCCCUGAGGAUCCUAAUUACAACCCUUUACCUGAAGAUCGCCCUGGUGGGUUUGAAUGGGGGCAAGGUCAGAGGGUGGGGGCUCAGGAACAAGGUCAAGGUCAAGGUCAAGAGGGAGAUGGAAACUGAGAGGCCAUAGAUCUUCCAUGACUAUCCCAAACUGUUUAACGACUCACUGACUCUAAAGAACGAUGCAAUAUUAAGAUUUUCAGUCUUAGCAUUGAACAGGGUCAAUCGUAAUCGCCAGAAGCCGAGCUGUGCGGCUGAAUGUUUUUCAGCCAAUUCAAUCCGUGAUCUGUACGACCUACAGUGUUGGUGCCCCACAGGGAUGGCUUCUGAAUCCAUCAUCAUUAUCAUGGUUUGCAAGAGAGAAAAAGCACUAUUCAAGGACUAUACAAAAUUCACUGCAGGUGCUUGAAAACUUACAGUGGACGAUGUGCAAAGGUUUCAGUUUGAUGGAAUUAGAAAACAUGAUGACAGUGUCUGAUCAGGGACCGGUCAUUUACGAUAGGGGUGGUUGUGUCAGAGGGAAACAUGACAUUCUGUAGGGGAGGGCCAUAAAAAUUAAUUCAGUUAAGUCCCGUUAAUCAGACAAGGUUGGUUGCAUAUGAUUAUGUCGGAUUAACGAGUAUGUUGGAUAAACAAAAUUAGGUAGUAUCAACGUCCGUGAUCGAAAAUUGGACAACCACACGAUAGAUAACGAUUCAAACAUGUUGUAAUA